CCGCAGCCCCCGGAGCAGCGGCCCGGCACCGGCGCCUUCCCGGCGGGCCAGAGAGAAUCAUGGAGCUCCGUGUGGGAAACAAGUACCGCCUUGGACGCAAGAUUGGGAGCGGCUCCUUCGGUGACAUCUACCUGGGUGCCAACAUUGCCUCCGGUGAGGAGGUCGCCAUCAAGCUGGAAUGUGUAAAGACGAAGCACCCGCAACUGCACAUCGAGAGCAAGUUCUACAAGAUGAUGCAGGGGGGAGUGGGCAUUCCGUCCAUCAAGUGGUGUGGGGCCGAAGGCGACUACAACGUCAUGGUCAUGGAGCUUUUGGGGCCCAGCCUCGAAGACCUCUUCAACUUCUGCUCACGCAAGUUUAGCCUCAAGACGGUGCUGCUCCUGGCUGACCAGAUGAUCAGCCGCAUCGAGUACAUCCACUCCAAGAACUUUAUCCACCGGGACGUGAAGCCUGACAACUUCCUCAUGGGGCUGGGGAAGAAGGGCAACCUCGUGUACAUCAUCGACUUCGGGCUGGCCAAGAAGUACCGGGACGCCCGCACACACCAGCAUAUCCCCUACCGGGAAAACAAGAACCUCACAGGCACAGCCCGCUACGCCUCCAUCAACACCCAUCUGGGCAUCGAGCAAAGCCGACGUGACGACCUGGAGAGCCUCGGCUACGUGCUCAUGUACUUCAACCUGGGCUCGCUGCCCUGGCAGGGCCUGAAGGCCGCCACCAAGCGCCAGAAAUAUGAGCGCAUCAGUGAGAAGAAGAUGUCCACGCCCAUCGAGGUCCUCUGCAAAGGCUACCCCUCCGAGUUCUCCACGUACCUCAACUUCUGCCGCUCGCUGCGUUUCGACGACAAGCCCGACUACUCUUACCUACGCCAGCUCUUCCGCAACCUCUUCCACCGCCAGGGCUUCUCCUACGACUAUGUCUUCGACUGGAACAUGCUCAAAUUCGGUGCAGCCCGGAACCCCGAGGAUGUGGACCGGGAGCGGCGAGAACACGAGCGCGAGGAGAGGAUGGGGCAGCUCCGAGGCUCCGGUCCCCGGGCCCUGCCCCCUGGGCCGCCCACGGGGGCUCCUGCCAACCGGCUCCGCAGUGCUGCCGAGCCUGUGGCGUCUACCCCUGCCUCCCGCAUCCAGCAAGCUGGCAAUACGUCUCCCAGAGCGAUCUCACGUGUGGACCGAGAGAGGAAGGUGAGCAUGCGGCUGCACAGAGGCGCCCCUGCCAACGUCUCCUCUUCCGACCUUACUGGGCGGCCAGAGGUAUCCCGGAUCUCCGCUUCCCAGACGAGUGUGCCCUUUGAUCAUCUCGGAAAGUGAGGAGGCCACAUCUGACCAGUAUUUGCUUAGUGUCUUCUGUAUUUUCUUUCGAAAACAAGGACGACAAGAUGGGGAAAACCACUUGCAAGGACAGAGCCAGCGCCCAGCACAAACCCCCGCAGUGGGCCCCCCAACUUGUUCAGCCAACAGCAAGAAGAUGGGACGGCUGCCCUCUGCCCCACCCGUCCGCACCCCACCACUGCGGCCCAGGGGGACUGGUGGGCAAAGAAGGUGCCCCUAGAUGCUUAUGAGCCCCCGGAACCACCCGCAGGAGACUUCUCUGUGCCUGCCUCCCUCAGGCGAGGGUGCCUCCCACUUGUCCGUCCAUCGGUCCGUCCCUCUGUCCGUCCCCCUGCGAGCGCCUGGGUGAGGGGCCGAGGUGCGUGUGGAUGUGUCUGCCAUACGUGAUGCCCACCUGCUGUGCCCACCUGUCUCGCCCUGGCAGGGAGCAGAAGUGGGCGCAGGGACCUCCCCGGCCCCAUCCCGUCUGGGGGGCCAAGGCCUUCUAGAACUCUCCAGGCUCCUGAAUGAGUUCCCACCGCCAGCCACGUCCCUCCUCCCACCUAACACCCCCCCUUUUUUUUUUAAUAAUUUUUCUCAUCGUUUGUUCUCUCCUUGUGUACUUCCUAAUUUAUUUACCUGUGACCGACCCUCUUCUUUCCUCUUCUUUCCUCUUUUUUUCUUUUUUUUUUUUUUUUUUAAUUAAAGAGCAAAGCUUUUUAUUACUUUGUAAUUUAAAAAACUGAAAAAAAAAUUACUGAAGAACUUUGGGGGGAAUUUUGUACUUUUUUCCUGUGUAAAUAUCGGACUUUUUUGAGCUUUAUUGUGGUUGUUCAUUUGAAGUAAUAAAGUAGAAAAGGAUCAAGUGA